AUGUCACCCCUGGUACCUGUCACAACUGGUAUCUGUCAAACCUGUAACCUGUCACUCCUGGUUCCUGUCACCCCUGUUGCCUGUCACCCCUGGUACCUGUCACACCUGGUUUUUGCCAAAGUGUUCAGUCACGAAGCGCUUCAGUCGUAUUUACCCAAGAUCCAAACGGUGAUCCAGGAGAGUCUGAGGGUCUGGAGCUCCAACCCAGACCCCAUCAACGUCUACAGGGAGAGCCAGCGCCUGUCCUUCACGAUGGCGGUGCGGGUUCUGCUCGGGUUCCGGGUCUCUGAGGAUGAGAUGAGGCUUUGGUUCAGAACCUUCCAGGACUUUGUGGACAAUCUGUUCAGUCUGCCCCUGGACCUGCCCUUCAGCGGCUACAGGAAGGGUAUCCGGGCCCGGGACACCCUGCAGAGGAGCAUAGAGAAAGCGAUCAGAGAAAAGCCUCAGAACAAAGACUACAGCGACGCUCUGGACGUCCUCAUGGAGAGCGCCAAAGAGAACGGCACCGAGCUGAGCAUGCAGGAGCUGAAGAGAACCUACAGAGAACCUACAGAGAACCUGACAGAGAUCCUACAGAGAACCUACAGAGAACCUGACAAAGAUCCUACAGAGAACCUGACAGAGAACCUGACAGAGAACCUGACAGAGAUCCUACAGAGAACCUGA